CAAGAAAACAACACAGCGCGCUCGGCUCAGCUCUCACAGUUAGCAACGCUGUUCUAUUAUUGAGCCAUCUAGAGCUGUGCGGCUAUCGAUUGCCCUCCUCUUACGCCGACCUCUACAGCGCACGGCACGGCCAUCACGCCCUCGUCCGACUAGGCUGCCACAUCAAACUUCUCGCGUCUCGUUUCCACCGCGCGUUCACCAUGCACCCACCUAAGUUGAUGCGUCUUCUAAGGUACGAAGACGAUGGUCGCCUUACUAUCACCAGCUUCGACGAUAACGCGAUACCCCAAUAUGCGAUACUUUCACACACCUGGGGGGCAGAUGCAGAGGAGGUGACUUUCGCGGACCUUGCAGAAGGCGGCGGCAUGCACAAGCCUGGCUACAAGAAGAUUCGCUUCUGUGGAGAGCAGGCACAGCAAGAUGGUCUGCAGUACUUCUGGGUCGACACAUGCUGCAUCGACAAGUCGGACAAGGCUGAGCUCUCUUCAGCUAUCCAGUCUAUGUUCCGCUGGUACCAGAACGCGACGAAGUGCUACGUAUACCUAUCAGACGUGUCAACAAAGAAGAAGAAAUUUGAUGAUAUGAUUCCCCAGUUCACUUGGGAGUCAGCCUUCAGGUCAAGUCGAUGGUUCACGCGCGGCUGGACACUUCAAGAGCUCCUCGCACCAAACGUGGUGGAGUUUUUCUCUCAAGAGUGGGAGAGGCUUGGUGAUAAGAUAUCGCUGAGGUUAUUAAUCAAGAAGAUCACUGGUAUUCCAUGCGAAGCGCUCGACGGAACUCCUCUUUCCCAGUUCAGUGUUGACGAGCGGCUGCGCUGGAAAGGCGAUAGGCAGACCAAGCGUGAAGAAGACGCAUGGUACUCAUUGUUAGGCAUUUUUGAUGUCGAGAUAGCGCCAGCUUACAGCGAAGGGGCAGCUAACGCAUUCAGACGUCUAAAGGACGAGAUUGAUAAGCUCCAGAUAUGCAUUCGAGACAUACGCUACACAGAUCCGUCCGAUGACAAGAAGCGCAUUGAGGAUACAAAGGGCGGACUGCUAGCAGACUCCUACCGCUGGGUUCUCGACAACACCACUUUCCAGCAAUGGUACCAGGAGCCCAACAGUCGACUGCUAUGGGUAAAAGGCGAUCCCGGUAAAGGCAAGACGAUGCUGCUCUGCGGCGUCAUCAAUGAGCUGCAGGGUUCGAUGCCCCAAAGUGCCCUACUGUCAUACUUCUUCUGCCAAGCGACCGACGCGCGCAUUAACAGCGCUACGGCCGUGCUUCGAGGGCUGUUGCAUAUGCUUCUAACUCAGCAACCAUCGCUUGCAUCGCAUGUCCGUAAGAAGUACGACCACGCUAGCAAAGCCAUCUUCGAAGACGCGAAUGCCUGGGUAGUCUUAGUAGAGAUCUUCGAGGCUGUGCUCCACGAUCCAGGCCUAAGGACGACAUACCUAAUCAUUGACGCGCUAGAUGAAUGCGUCACUGGUCUGCCAAAACUGUUGGAGUUUGUCGCCAAGCAGUCAUCUGCGUCUUCUCUCGUCAAGUGGAUUGUUUCUAGCCGUAACUGGCCUGACAUUGAAGCACAGCUAGAGCGGGCAGGACAUAAAGCUAAGCUAAGCCUUGAGCUGAACGCGCAGUCGGUUGCGGCUGCGGUUGACGUCUUCAUACAGCGAAAGGUGGAUCAGCUAGCGCAGGAAAAGCGAUACAAGACUGAAGUUCGACAUAGUGUGCUCCAGCAUCUUAGGUCAAACGCUAACGAUACCUUCCUCUGGGUAGCGUUAGUGUGCCAGGACCUCAAAACAACGCCAAAGUGGAACGUGCUAAAGAAGCUAGCCCUAUUCCCGCCCGGGCUAGACUCUUUGUACAAGCGGAUGAUAGACCAGAUAAGCGAGUCUGACAGCGCCGAGAUUUGCCUGCAGGUGCUGGCUUCGACUGCGAUCCUAUAUCGACCCGUUUCGGUCUCUGAACUCGUUGCGCUCGUGGAGCAGCUUGAGGACUUGGACGACCCGGAGUCGGUGCGGGAGGUUAUUGGCUUCUGUGGGUCGUUUCUUACCUUGCGAGAAGACAUAGUCUACUUUGUGCAUCAGUCGGCAAAGGACUUCCUCUUUGAAAAGGCUUAUAAUGAAGCCUUUCCAGACGGAAGCGAAAGUAUUCAUCGGAUGAUCCUCUUAAGGUCGCUAGGGAUUCUAUCUAGGACAUUGCACAGAGACAUGUACAGCUUAGAAGCGCCAGGAUAUCCUAUUGAGAACGUCAAACCGCCUAAGGUAGACCCGUUAGUAGUGUCACGGUACCCGUGCAUCUACUGGAUCGACCACCUGUGCGACUCAAAGCCCGCGUCUUUGGAAAAUAGGGUGGAUGAGGUGCAAAUUCUAAGCGUAGUCGAAGAGUUUCUUAGAGGGAAGUAUCUCUACUGGCUAGAAGGGCUUAGUCUGUGUAAGAGUAUAGGGAAAGGCGUGGUCUCGAUGGAGAAGCUAUGGUCACUAGUGCAAGAGAUAUAUAAACAAGGGAGACUUGCUCAGCUUGUGCAAGACACAUGGCGGUUUAUUAUGUAUCACAAAGGAGCAAUUGAGGGUUACCCUCUUCAGACCUAUACAUCCGCACUCAUGUUUAGCCCUACAGGUAGUCUGAUCAGACAGCUAUUCCAGCACGAAGAGCCAAAAGCAAUCAGUAUCAGGCCAACUCUAAGUGAAGGAUGGAGCGCGUGUGUGCAGACGCUCGAGGGCCAUAGUGGUCCUAUUAACUCGGUGGCCUUCUCGCACGACUCGACCCGGCUGGCGUCAGCGUCCUUCGACAGCACGGUCAAGAUCUGGGAUGCGAGCAGCGGCGCGUGUGUGCAGACGCUCGA